AUGAGGCGGCGGCCUGUAACGCAACCAACAAGUCUGAGCAAGUAUUUGGUCACAUCUCACUCCCUUUCUUGCUUCCAUCAGGCCAUUUGUAUGCACGCCCGAAUUCACUUGGCGUGCUUGGGACGCAGCCCAGGCAGUGGGCCACCGAAUAUGAUCGCUGGUCCAUCUAGCCGGCUGCCUGACCCAGCGGCCCGGAACCAGGCGAGGGAGCCGAGACUAGGCUCACGGCGGUGUCCCCACCCCCCGGUUCUUGCUUCCCCGGUCUGGUCGCUAAGUAGUGCAACGGCCUCGCUCUCUUCACCCACCCCGGCCUACAGGCCACGCGCCCUUGCCAUGCAUGCAGCUGCUCGAGGGAGGAUGCGUGUGAAUGGACAAGCCACCACACCCCCACGAAAUAUUGCCUCUCUCCCUUGGAUCGCCGGACGCCCGAGGAGGCAAGAAGGGCGUAAAAAAAAGAAAGAAAGGAAAGUGAGGAGUCUCAUGCAGCUGUGA